CAACAUAACAAAACACUAAGGAACUGUUAUUCAGUUGCUUAAUUUUUUAUAGCGUUAUCGACGGAAGGCCCACAACAAUGUCCGCCCAAGCUCAAAUGCGAGCUUUGCUCGACCAGCUGAUGGGAACAGCGAGGGAUGGUUCAGUGUAUCUUUGCCAGCCUACAUCAAUCUGCAAAGGAGUUGCAGAAAAGCCUCAUGUUCAUCGAGCCGUGAGUCACACAUAAUUUUUAAAGCUGUUAUGAUUAAUAUCCAAACAAUAUGUUUGCCUUCCGGAAGUUAUUGUAGUUUUUUUUUUUUUUUUUUUUUUUUUUUUAAAUAACACAAAUGGGUAAUUCUUCAAUGGCACUAGAAUUACAAUUUGGAGUAGUGUUAUGCAGCUUGAGCUAAGACGUCUGGUCGCGCUGAAUCCAAACGAGCAGUUUUCCAUUAGACGUCUGUUUUACAGAAGGCAAUUUGCAGUCGAGACAAAAAACUUUGCACACAUCAUUUACAAUCUGACUUGUGUAUGACUCCCAACUUCUUACUACAGGUAUGGGCAAGAAAACUGUUCCAAUUUAUACUUUUCUACAGCGGGUUUAAAAUUCUGCAGCUGAGGUCUUGAAGAUGCAGAAGGGUACAGUAUGUGGUGCGGAUCGCAGUGUGUAUAAACCAAAUUUUUUUCCUUGGAUUUCAUUUGUGUUUUUGUUUUUGAGUUUCUUUUCAGUGUUCAUAUCUGUAAAAGGCUUGGCUGGAACAAUUGUCUGGAAUUAUUACAUUUCUUAUUGCAGUAUUUUUUGAUAGUCACAUUUUUAACUGAUGUGUUGACUUGUAAUGUAAGGUAGCUUUGUCAAACAAUUUUAAAGCCAUUUACCUGUAAUGUGCCCUGACUAAUAAUGCUCCACAUUUAUAGAGUGGACAUUGAGCCUUAUCACAAGCUAAACUGGGUUGAGGCUCUGAUAAAUUUCACAGUUUCACUGAGGUUUGGGUAAGGUAAGCACCAAGAAUAGCAGAAAGUGCAACAUAGAGUACACGCAGAGCCACAUGUAACUUUUAUUUUUGUUAUGUUGACACACCGACAGAGGCACAGUUACUCUGUUACUGGUAAAUAAUAGAGACAUUGAGAAAUAUAGUAAUUGAUUUGGGCACAGAAUCAUUGAAUGCAGUUAAUGUCAUAUGUCUGAUCCAUUAAUGUAGUGCAAUCACAGUAAAAUAUGUUUAAGCACUGGAUACCUCGCCCCUGUUACCAAGUAUGUGAGGUCUUUCUCAUUGGUUGUUUUCUUUGGACUGUUUCAGGGGAUGAGACAAGGCAGAGGGUCAAGUUCACUGACGAGCGAGUCUGCAAAAGUCAUCUUCUCAACUGCUGUCCACAUGACAUCCUGUCUGGAACUCGUAUGGACUUGGGAGAGUGCACAAAGAUCCAUGACCUGGCACUUCGGGCAGAUUAUGAAAUUGCCUCCAAGGAGCGAGAUCUCUUCUUUGAGCUUGAUGCGGUGGAUCACCUCGAGUCAUUCAUUGCUGACUGUGACCGGAGGACAGAACUAGCCAAGAAGCGCCUGGCUGAGACUCAAGAGGAGAUCAGUGCUGAGGUGGCAGCAAAGGCAGAGAAAGUCCACGAGCUGAAUGAAGAAAUCGGGAAGCUCCUGGCCAAGGCUGAGCAGCUCGGAGCUGAGGGAAAUGUGGAUGAAGCCCAAAAGGUCCUGCAGGAAGUAGAGAAGGUCCGCACUAGGAAGAAGGAUGCAGAGGAAGAAUACAGAAACUCCAUGCCUGCCUCCAGUUUCCAGCAGCAGAAGUUGCGGGUGUGUGAGGUGUGCUCUGCUUACCUUGGACUCCAUGACAACGAUCGUCGUCUGGCAGACCAUUUCGGUGGGAAGCUUCACCUGGGCUUCAUCCAGAUCAGAGAGAAACUGGACCAACUAAAAAAAACAGUGGUCGACAAGCAGGAGAAAAGGAACCAGGAGCGCUUAAAGAGACGAGAAGAGAGGGAGAAAGAGGAGAGGAUGAGGAAGAGGACCAGAUCACGGAGCAGAGAGCAUAGAAGGUCCCGUUCUCGUGACCGCAGAAGGAGGCGCUCGCGCUCCACGUCACGAGACAGGCGUCGCUCACGUUCACGCUCCAGGGAGAGGAGGAGGCGGCAUCGCAGCCGAUCCCGCUCCCGCAGCAGAGGCCACCGUCACAGCCACGAGCAGAGCUCCAGACACAAGUCAUCCAGAGACCGAGAGCGCUCGUCCAGAGAUCGGUCACGGGAGCGAGAGCGCGACAGGAGGGACGGCGUAAACGGCAGGUCAGACUCCCGCCGGGCAGACGACAGGGACAUGGGGGACCUCUGAAGACCAAACUCCAUCCACCACAACACACAACCUCCUCCUGUGUCUCUCUCAGCUGUCCUUUCCAUGUAACAACCAGACGUUACACACAUAGUCCUUGCCUUGACCCCCUUCGUUACCCCGCCUGGCUCCUUUUUGUUUGAUUUUCCAGUUACACCUGAAAUAUUGUAUGAAGUCACCUUUCUAGCAUCCACAUAUAUCAGAAUGCGUUUGGACUGGGGGCGGGUUAGUUAUUGAUCAGUAGUGGAGUGUAUUGCAAUACCCAAAUCUGUAAUUUGAUAGUCUGUCUGUAUCCAAUACAUCUCAUGUGUUGUUAUAAACUACCCUACAAUGAUUCCAAUAGAAAAAGCAAGCAUUAAACAGAUGGUCUGCUGGACUUGAGUAUAAAAUGUAACUGAAUCA